GUACCGCGUUCUGUUGCGUUUUCUCUCACUACACUAUUUCGGUCUGGGGGCAAGCAAUAAGAUAGGUAUUUGACAUGAAUAAGGAAGAUUUCCUUAUUUCUCUUUAGACAAUGAGAAAAGUGCGUAAAAAGAAGCCGGUGGUCGCAAGGCGACUGUGACUAUGUUGUUUUAGUGUUUCUGAAAGCUAUUGGAUCCGGAUCAGCAACUAAACAUAUAUAAAGAUGGCGCUAGUGAUGUUGCCAUGCGACCUUCCUUGGUGGACCUCCGUACAGCGACAUCUGAAGCACCUCCUAUUGGCUUCAGCACCAAACAAGCUCACUGCCAGCAUGCUCAAAAUCCACGAUAUGUGCAACAUCGGCAUAGACCCUGACGACGAUGUUAGGGACCCCGAGCUGAUGAAAGGACUAGAACAAUUCCUCGAAGAAGAGAUGACGGAGGAUGAACAGCGGCACUUUCUGGACAACACUAUCAGGAUAAUGGUGAACAGAGCGCUGCAUUUGAAGAAGUGGAAACCACCUAAGGGACUCGUAUUUAGUUUACAACAGCAAAGUGAUGUGACUGAAUUGGAUUAUAAUUUCGUGUCGUCCUUGAUUGCUCAUGCGUUUUUCUCAACUUUUCCAAAGAGAACGCUCAAAACACAUCCAACGCUCCAAGACUUCAAUUUUACACAUUUUUUUAAGAAUUUACAUAGGAAAUCGCAAAGGAACAAGUUAAAAAGUUUGCUGCAUUAUUUUGAAUGGUUAGACAAACAUAGCGCAGAUGGUUGUGUUAAAAUAAGUCGACAGGUGAUGACCUCAAAACAAUGGCUGACAAUCGAAGACUGGUUAGAAUGCUCCUUACCCCUGUGCAAACUUCUGGUGCGACAUGAGGGUAGGCCUGAAAGGUGUGAAAAUGAUGAUGCGAUCAGAAUCUGUUUCGCGUCUAGCAGGAUCGGUGGAGAUGUACUUGUUGACGGAGAAUCACAGGAAUCGCUAUCAAUGUUUAUGAUGCCUGAGCUCCUUCCCGCAAUGCUAUCCGUGGAGGCGCUCGAAGACAACGAAGUGUUAAAAGUAGAAGGCGUUAGACUGUUCAGUAGAAUAUGUGACAAGAAACAAAAGACGAAAGUAGAACUACUCGAGGAGCCGAAAACGGUAACAGUAUGCCUUAUGGAUGCAGAAGAUUACAGCAAAUUACCUUUAGGACAGUGGGAGGAAGAUAACGUAUUACGAGAAAUGAACAAAUGUCUAUUAGCUUUCCAACAAACGCCAAUGAAAAGUCCUAAACAUGAAAGACGACUAUCACCAAUAGGAGAAUCGUUCAGCCACACGCCUCCAGAAGUAGAAGCGACAGUGGUGGUCAAACAAGCCUCAUCUUGUAGCACCCUCAAUAGCCUUAACAGCCGAAGCCCUUCACCUCAAAACUAUUGUGCUGCGACAAUCAACCUUAACGAUCCUAGUGUAGAAUUGACGAAAAGGAAAUGCUGGCUAUCCCCCGAAAGCGGUACAUUGAACAAUAGACGAGGUAGAUUCAUCGUGCUUGGUUCCUCUGGGGAAUGCUUGCCGGUGACCAGGAGUCCGGGACUGCCCACUCUUGACACUCAAGAGGAUAGUCUCUAUUCCAGCUGCAAUUCUAGCGAUGAUGAAUACCACAGUGCUAACGAUAGCUUCGAUUAUGGCGGAAGCGAAGACGAAGGAAGGGGCGAGAGUGCUCGACCCAAUUCAUUCCAAUACUCCAAAGAGUUGUCGACGGAAGAGCGACGAAUGAGCUUCGCCGACCGUUUGCGGGACGCACUGCGUCGGGAAGCAGAAAACUCAUGUACCACAAGCACCACGGGUGAUUGGUCUACAGACAGCUCUAGCUAUGCCGUCGGUGUCAGCAUCUCCGGAGCAGGAGUUAACGACAACGACAUCAAAGUCAAAAGAGGCGGUUCGGUGGGCUUUGUGUUGACUGAAAAAGAAACUAUAAGCAACGGCGAAGAGCCAUCUCCAAGACUUCGACCACUGGGCAGAAAGGAAACUGGAAAUAGUUCCAAAUACAGUUUCAGCACUGAAUAUACGUUCGCGGGAUCUCUUCUCAAGCGUACCCUGAGUGAAUCCAUGGCUUGCGAUUUGCCUGGCGUAGGCGCUGAAGGUGCAGCAGAGGCAGCGGAGUUAUACGGGCGCGACGGCCGCGACCGUGCCGCGCCACGACGCCUAGCGUUAGCCGCUCGCUCACUCUCUUUAGAACUGGCCCGCCAUCGGCACCGCCUCGCAGCACAACUGAAACGUAAAGUAAAAGAAUGUAUCCCGGAAGAAAUACUAGAAAGAGGCAAGAUAAAGGAACCUGAAGCAGAGGAGACUAGCAGUAGAUGUUGCUCAGAGUUCAGCACUUCAACUGAAACUUGCGCCACACAAAUAUCUAAUCCCAAAGUUAGGAAGAAAAAAUUGAAUUGGGUGAUAAACAUGAUCGUUGAAACGAUCGAAGAGAAUGUCAUAUGCGAACCGCUGAGUCAGUUGGCCCACAAGAUCGUGUCAGGCGGAUCUAACCGGGCCGUUGCAACAGGCAAUUGGGGUUGUGGUAACAGGCUACGAGGUCACCCUCAGCUCAAGAUGCUGCUCCAGUGGCUGGCAGCCAGUGUGGCUGGAGUACCUGCCCUCAUUUACUACACCUUCGGCAACGAGAACCUGUUCAAGCUGGACACCCUAGUGCGAGUCAUAGUAGAUAGAAAAUGGACGGUAGGUCAAUUGGCACGGGCGGUCCUCAAGUUUGCAAGACAAACACUACAUGAACCACACGUUAUCCCUGAUAACCACUCACUGUUCGACGAGCUCAUCGGCAUCGAGAAGAUACCAGACGACACAUAGCACACCCGACGUAGACUUUAUCAAUAAAGACACAAAGUUCAAAACGCGUGAACGCUCAGCGUUGGAAUGGUGAUAUUUUUACGCGUAAUCUUUUUUGACAACAAACGUUUAAUGGCAUUUUUGCAUUUUUUUACAAUAUGUUUUGUAACCUGUGAAAAUGUUUGUUGAGUAGAAAUAUAUAUAGUCGUUUUUUUUAAUUAAAAAGGAUAAAGUCAGGGGUUCUAGCAAUAUUUUUUUAAUUACUAAGAAAAACCACAAAUAAAAUUUGGUUUAUAAAUUAAUAGAUUUCUUACAAACCCCAUCAAUUAAUUUUUAAAGCAAAUUUUCGGUUAUUUGUUUAGUGGUUUGAUUGCUUUUAAUACUCUUUCCCAGACGUUGUUAUAAAGUAUCGGUCACAGAACGUUAAAAUGUAACAGUCAACAAUAAUUUAAUAGACAUGUUGUUAAGGUAGAGUUCUUUUUUAGUAAAAUAUCUAUUUUAUAUACGAAUUGUGGGGGGCUCCGGCAGAUCUUAAGAGUGCCCUUGUGCAUUGUGCAAAAUGAAGGUAGUUAGAUAUUACUUAUGAUUGAAUUACAUUUCGGAAUUUUGAUACAUAAUAAUAAAAUUCUAAUCGACCCUUUUGUUGUUAAAAAUCAACAUUUUUCUACUCGUAUUAUAACGCAAGGCUCGUGCAUGAGUAAGGUCCUGCGGACGGUCACCCACCCAUUAAUAUUAUAAACACUCAUACCAAUGACAUUACAAUAAAAAAAGGUUAGAAGUUACUUGAAUUCAAAAAGUGUUACCUUGAAACUAUGCUAAUUAAUAGAUAGAUAGAUUAAGCUGUUGAAUUGCAUGCAGUGUUUACCGAUAACUGUCUUUACAUUUACUAAGUUAUUUUAUAAGCUUAAACAUGCAUUAAAUCAUUGUACGUCUGGUUUGUGACAUGCUCAAUUGGAGAGUAUCGUGCCAUGUGCGUGUGUAAAUGCUGGGGACAUUUUUGACAUCUUAUUAUUACUGACAUUUUUAUUGUAAUAUCAUUGACUCAUACAAGUUGAAUUUAAUCUAGUAACACAUACCUAUACAUAUAUAGACAACAAAUUGCACCCAUGCUAGUAAAACCUGUUAAGUGACAAUAGGGUAUUCUACCGUGUUUGAAAUAAUACCUGUAACUGUUUAUUUUUAUUUAAAAAAUAUUUCAAUUAAAUAAAAAUUAAAUCAAUAUUUAAGCUUUUUUAUACCCGCGAAAACGCUGUCAGUCAUAUUCCUGACGUCAUUAUGAUAUGUAAACAAAACAGAUACAUAGAUUAGAUGUCAAUAAAAUAAAAACAAUGGCAUCUAACGAUCGAUUUCGCAAUAAAAUAUAGAAAUAAGUUAAGAAAUUAUUGAGACAUAUCUUUAUCUGACAGUUGUCACCACAGUGACGUCACACAAUGGCGGGUCGUGUUUUAAGUCACGUAUCACACAGACAAAAAAAAUCACUACUUUUAAUUUAAUAUAAUAAUAUAACCGUUUUCACUAUCCUAUUUUUACAAAAACGAAAUGGGUUUUACCAGUAGAUGCAGCUUGAAAUUUUCUAUCGAACGGUGUAUUUUUGUAAAAAUUGUAGAUAACAGGAUUUUUAUCAGCGUGGGUGUGAAUAUUGCAAUAUUAUUUGUAUCGUAAGGUAAUAUCUCUUUUAUAGACCUAUGUUACAAUUUACAGAAUUUUAGAUACUAUUUAUAAGGAGUCUACAAAAAGCAAUAUUAGCAUUGAUUCGAGUUAAAAAUAAAUAAUAAUUUUAAAAAUAUUUUUAUACAAAUCUAUCAAUUACAACGCAGGUGUAAAUAAAAUAUAAUUGUAAGAACUUAUACAUACGUGAUUUGUAAUAUGUAUAAUUUUACAUUAAAUUUAGGAGCAGAACUUCGUGUUUAUUAUCAAAUAUGCAAUAAGUGUAUAAUAAUAAAGUGAAAUUGUUAUAUAAAUUAAUACGACUGACCAUAAAAUCAAACUUGUGUUAUAUUCUUAAAUAAACUACAUAAAUGCUGAUAAAUGUACGAAAGUGUAAAAAUAAUAAGAGGGGAGUUACUAAAAACUCUAUAACGUGGCAUAAUUAUUACAUUCGUGGAAGUAGGAUGGUGGUAUACAAAUGUAUAGCGGUCUCUUGAUUUAACAACAGCUUUUUCAAUAUCUUUAGGGUUCAGUUACACUAGUCGAUGACAUCCGCAUGACAUCGGUUGUUCUUUAUUUACCAAUGAGAUGAGCAUGCAGAGGUCCAUCGACUAUAUUGUAACUGAGCCAUUAAGGGUACUGUGCGUGUAAUGAACGUAUUGACGGAAGAAUCGUCGUCCGUAUUUGAAAUCAUAAAACGUUCCAAAGACUGAUGGAUCAUCCGCCGCGUAUGCAAAAUUUAACGUCAAUAUUACAUAACAUCGUCUAACAUAUGAGUUCUAACGUUCCACAAUAGUUCAUAAUUAUUUAUACAAUUAGUUUUAUCUAUAUCCUAAAAAGUAUCUUUAAACUAUACCAUUUUCUGUGACAUGAAAUAUUUAUCAAGAUAAUUUAUUAAGAAACACUUUGUUCUGUUUGUGGAACUUAUUAUUAUUGUUAUGGGUUAGAUGGGAGCACUAUACUUACGUAUUUAAAAAGGCACAAAGUACUUACACAAUUUUCUGUAUGGAAGCUAGACAAUUGUACACAUGGCUGAAAAUUAACAUAAAAUCUUACAUUCUGCAUACAUAAUUACCAACACGUUAAGGCAGAAGUUCCCAACUUGGGGCGGAGAAAUGUCGAGGGAAUGAGAAGCUUAGUUAGAAAAAAACGAAUGGAAAAUACUAUAAAAUUGAUGAUCACUUAUUCUGUUGACCAAUGUUUCAAAACACGACGUUAUCUAUUGCAGUAUAUUCAAGCGUUAAGGUUUUUGUUAAUUUAUAGUCAACACAAGCUAGGUUGGGAAGCUCUGCAUUGAAGAUUAAAAUAAUUUCAUCAAUCUGUAAGCGAACUAGCAAAUGCUUGCUAAUACAAUUCAGCCACUUUCUCCAAGAUUUAUCACUUUUAUUAAGCGGUGGUUCAGUAUAAGGCGAAAAAUUUCGUUUGAAAGGUCUUCCAUAGCAUGAAUCUCAAUGUGUCCAAAAUUUGUUAAUUUUGUGUAUGUACCUACUUGAUUAUUAAAAUACUCGGCCGAAAUGAUGCGAAAUAAAUUAAGUGCGUCACAAUAAAUCAUCUUUCAUUCCAACUAUUACUUCAUUAUGUAAUACUAUUUAUUAUGUAAUAUCUGCGACAAAGAUGUAGAGUCCCCUCGCUACAUUGGUGUAUCCCUUGACGACCUCCAAAACUUUACGCGGAGCACUUACAUAAUUUAUUUAAAAAAAUAAUUUUGACCGAGUGACUCGCAGGCUGUUUUUGAGGAUGUUGCCAUUUUAUUCCCGGUUAACGUAGAAAAAUUUACUAGGUAUCUAUAUUAUCUUUUAUUUCUAUAACAAUUGGUAAAGCCUACUUAUUCGGGGUCUGAGCAAUGUAUGUAAAGUUUGUCAAAUAGUUAUUUUAUUUGUUUACAACCCUUGAUGUCCGAAGACUGGUCCGGACGCGGUCGGCAAACACACUCAAUACACGGCUGUACGUCAAGAUACUAUAAAAAUUCUGCAAUGGAUUUUGACCUGUACUCUCAAUGUAUUAAGGUUUAAAAUUUUACAGUUUUGUAUAGCCUCAAGUGCUGUUGAGUAAACCUUCACUUUGGGGUUAAGGGCUUAGGAACAGUCGAGGAGAGCUCCAUACCCAGCCCCAACAGGAAACUAACCUCAAAAUUUUGUUACCUAGCUCCGCCAUAUGCGUUGAACUUAUAAUAGUUACGAAAGUUAUAAAAAAUACACAUUUGUUGUAAAAUAGAUUGUAAAACGGUUUCUGAAUUGAGAAUAUUACAAAAUCUUAAGUUUUUUAAGUUUCAUAAGUCAAAAAGGCCUGGAUUUAUCAAAAUUAAAAAAUUGAUCAACUGUUAUCAUCUGAUCAUUAAAAAACUAAAACCCGUUUAAGUG